CAGGCCAGGUGGUCCUCAUCGUCUUCCUUCCACUCAGAGCCGGGGAUCAUUGCUCAGGCAGACAUGAAGGUUUCCCUGCUGCCGGCCCUGCAGGAUAACUACAUGUACCUGCUGGUGGAUGAAGCCACUAAAGAAGCUGCCAUCGUGGACCCUGUGGAGCCUGACAAGGUAGUCGCUGCAGUGAAGAAUGCAGGUGUGAAGCUGACCACUGUGCUCACCACUCAUCACCACUGGGACCACUCUGGUGGGAAUGAGAAGCUGGUUGAGAUGGUGUCAGGGCUGACUGUAUGCGGAGGGGACGACAGAAUCGGUGCUCUCAACAAGAAGGUCGGACAUGGGGACCAGUUCAAGGUUGGUGCCCUGAAUGUGAAGUGCCUGUUCACACCCUGUCACACAUCAGGACACAUCUGUUACUACGUGACUGGCCAGGAAGGAGAGGACCCUGCUGUCUUCACUGGUGACACGUUGUUUGUUGCGGGUUGUGGCAGGUUUUUUGAAGGCACUCCAGACAACAUGUACAGAGCACUGGUGGAGAUCCUAGGUAUCCUGCCUCCCAACACAAAAGUUUACUGUGGCCAUGAGUACACUGUGAAUAACCUGAAGUAUGCAGAGAAAGUGGAGCCAGACAGUCAGGCUGUGCAACAGAAACUGGCCUGGGCAAAGAGUCAGCGAGACAAGCAGCUGCCCACUGUCCCAUCCACCAUUGGGGAGGAGCUCAAGUUUAACCCUUUCAUGAGGGUCAAAGAGUCUCCUGUCCAACAGCAUGCUGGGACAACUGACCCCAUCGCUACUAUGGGAUUCAUCCGUACCGAAAAGGACAACUUUAAAGUAGGGGGGAGGUGAAAACUAGCAUCUUCUAUGUACAAUGUAGGUACAUCUACAUGUACAGGACUGGGCUAUACACUGUAUGGGGCUAGGCUAAUGUACCGUAUGCAUAAUAGAGUGCAAUGCCAUAGGCAACUGGUUAAAUUUUAAUUAGCAUUGGCACAGUCUGUUUAUCAUCUGUUUAUAAUACAUGUAAUUGUUUCUGAUUUGGUAAAGUGAUUGUGAAUACAAGGCCACACCAAUUCAAUUAAUUGGUUCUCAUAUUCACCUGCUUCAUUUUUUAUUUGCAAAAAAAAAGAUUCAGGUUCUGACUCAACUUCAGCUGCUUGUCUUCCUACUUGUUACAGUUUUUUCAUCUAUCAAUGCAUUGGUUUGAUAAAAAGUUCCAAAUUCAUGAUUGAACCACACCAGCCUGGUAUGUUGAUGUCAUGGCUCCUAUUGUAGCUUUUGGAGCCUAGGUGUGUUUUUAUUACCUAUUUUUGCUCUGUUGCUUCAUAUUUUUUUCUGAAAAAA